AUGUCAAUGGCUGUCGAUAACACGGAUUUUAUCAUCUCCGCCAUCUCAUGGGUCCUUUGUGUUGUUUCCAAUAUCAGGUACGAGUUUGGUCGCAGAUCCCCCUGGGACCACGGACACCAAGAUGAUGUCGCCUUCACCCCGUUCACGGCGAAUUUGCCACUUAUUGCCAUCUUCUGGUUGACCACCAGUCUCCUCCAAAUCAUCUAUCUGGGUCGUUACUUCAGUGUGACCCCAAAAAACCUCACCUGGCACUUUAUCGGUAGCAAUUGCUUGCUGCUGUUCUGGUCCUACUUGUUUGCCCGGGGCCACUACUUUUUGUCGCUGAUCACCGUCAUCGCCAAUUUCGUCAAUUUGGCCAUUGCGUAUAUUGUGACGGGCUCCUACCGCAUCCGACCCCUCUCUGCCUGGUUUAUCGUCCACGGUGCCAUUGUCGCCCUGCCCCUGCAGUGGGUCUUCUACUUGGUGUUCUGGAACGGCGCUGUUCUGUUCCACGCCAGGCACAUACUUUCCCGCGUCGUAGCAAACAUUCUGGUUUGGGACUUUUUGUUGGUGCCGGGCUUGCUGGUGCUCUUGUUUGGCGACUAUCUUUCUGGUCUCGCCGCGGCUUGGAUCUCGCUUGCAUUGGCAUUCGGCCAAUUGUUCACCAAAGUUUUUGCCCUCCAGUGGAUCUUUUCGUUCAUCAUUACCGGCUGUCUAUUUGUGCUUGCUGUCGUGUUCUCUGUUCGCCCUCCUCCCGAGUUCGACUUUAUCGAUGUUUCGGUUGUCGACGAAACCGCUCCGCUCAUUUCUGAGGAAGCUUGA